AUGGUUGCCGACAUGAGGAGUGGGAUGAAUCUGCUUCUUGCUGGGUUGUCUCAUCUAUCAAGUAAGGAAAGUAAGAAAGGACCUGCUCCAUCAUCUUCUAGUGCACCUACACCAAGGAACAAAUAUGAGUACAACAAUCAGAAUUUUCAGAACUUCAGAGCUAGACCUACACAUUCGCAAGGUAGUAAGGCACAAAGGGGUAGUAAGACUCCUGCAUGUGCUAAGUGUGGUAGGAGCCACUCAGGGAUGUGUCGUGAUGACUCCACCAGUUGCUUCAAGUGUGGUCAGAAAGGUAAUUUUAUGAGAAAGUGUCCUAAGAGAUUACAGAGUAAUGGUAAUGGGGGCAAUAGAGCCCAGUCUUCUUCAAUUGCUCCACCAGAGAGAGCUGCAUCUAGAUGA